UCGAAAAGCAAUUUCCCAAAUAAACCUUAAGCAACGAAAAUACCCCUCAGGUUUAUUUCUUCAUUCCAAUUAACCAUGUCUCUCUGCCUAAUCACAAAAAAUAAUAAUUAGUAAAUGUUAAUUAUUCGAUUUUGAUACAAUCAUUUGGCUCUUCAGUUUCACGCUUAUCUCUCUCUCCCUCUUUUUUGUUUUGUUUUGUUCAAAAUUGUGAAUUUCAGCUUGGAAGAAUUAUGUGACUGAUAUUGUGGAAUUCUAUCAAGGUUCUAUAAAUCCUAUGUUGCAUAUUAUGCAUUUGCAAUGGAGGCAAGUGAAGCCAAAAUUGAGGAUAGAUUUGUUCCGGUAACAAACACGAAGGAGAUUGCUGAUCCUAUUGUUUACCAGCUUGUCCGGGUGGAUGGCGAUGGGAGACUAGUCCCGGCAACUCAGGAUGAAAUUAUGGCGGUUGAGGACUUGCUUGUUGAUGAUAAGUGUGAACCCAAGCUUGUCCCAGAUACCGGACAGGCUUCAGAAUCCUGCAGAACUGAAGGAUAUCUUCUGGAGAGAAAUCCUUUACAUGUUCCAGAAGGUAAAUUAGAGUCUGAAAACCCCGAAGUUGGUGCAGAAAAGUCAAAUGUGUUAGUUGGCCCAGUGCCCGACUUGGGACAAAUUGAAGCUCCUGAAAAGGUGGCUGUUCCUGGAUUGGCUCCUUGCUCAGAACUCAGCAAUAUUGACCCAUCUGUGAGGACCGAGGUAUGCUCCAAUUCCCAAGAUGCACCAAGUGAGGAUACACCAUCAACUUCUGCUGGUGGUUCUAGUUGGAAGCCAGACUUUUCAAAGUUGGAGGGGAAGAUAUGUUUAGACAACCUGACAGUUAAAGAACUUCACGAAACUUUUAAAGCAACUUUUGGAAGGGAAACUUCUGUCAAGGACAAACAGUGGCUUAAGAGGAGGAUUACCAUGGGGCUGACUAAUUCAUGUGAUUUUUCAUGCACUACUUUCAUAAUAAGAGAUAAUGUAGUGGUGACGAAAGGUGAAGAACAAAUAUGUCAUCAUGUAAAGAGCAGAAUUUCUGCACAUUCUGAAGAUGGAGUGGAAAAUUCAGACUCUAGAGAGUCGUUAGGUGACCAUGAUAACAGAAUAAAUAAUGAUGCUGAUUUUUCUGGGGCAGAUGUUUCCAGUUCAGCCUUUGAAAGUUGUAAUGUUACUAAAGAUCUGGACACAGAGCAGAGAACAGCCAAAAGAGCUCGCAAACCAACAAAAAGAUAUAUUGAAGAACUUUCAGAAAUAGAAUCUAGGGAAUCCAGUGAAAAGUUAGCAUCACCGGAUAAAAUCUCCAGAUACCGAUUUCCAUGUCCAGAAACUCAUAUGAGGCCCACCAAAAAUGUUAGGUCGAAUGUGAGACCUCUGGUCACCAGGCAAGAUUCUUUAGGAGGUUCUGGGGUUCAAAUUCCAUUUGUUUCUCGGAUUCGAAGGAGCCGUCCGCGUGUGAACUUCAUGCCUCUUUUGGAACUUCAGCCCAGUGGUAUGGACAUGGCAACCAGACAAGUGAGGAGUGGUUUUGACGUAUCUGGGCCACGAGAAGAUGAUAAGAGCAAUAAUGAGCUGAUCAAGACCAGUUCAUCUCCUGGGUGGACUCAACAGCCUCUUAUUGCUGCUUGUGAAAAAGACGAGCAUUACAGUGGGAUGAAAAUUGAUGAGCUAGAAAAUGACGUAGAGCUGAAUGACUGCUCUGAGGACAAUUCAGAUGAUAAUGUGGCAACUAUACCCACCCAAAAAGGAGGAAUGAGGAGAAAACAUCAUCGACCUUGGACUAUCAAUGAGGUUGUUAAGCUAGUGGAAGGUGUAGCCAGGUAUGGUGCUGGUAGAUGGUCUGAGAUAAAACGGCUUGCUUUUGCGUCUUGCCCUUAUCGAACUUCGGUGGACCUGAAGGACAAGUGGAGAAAUUUGCUGAAGGCUAGUUUUGUGCAGUUGCCUGCAGAAAAAGGGAUUCUGAAUUCCCGGAAACAGGCUUCAGUUCCAAUUCCUGCUCCAAUUCUCUCACGUGUGAGAGAGCUUGCUGAUAUGCAAGGUCAGAUCCCACCAAUUCUCGCUACGGGCAAGUCAAGUGGACAUAGUAGUAGUGGUAGAAGUGUACAUGAAGCUAGGUCUGGAUUUCUGUAAUUUCAACAUCAUAAGAGGUUUGUUUUUUGAAAUAAGCCUGAUGCUGACGGGCAAACAGUUCAAUAGCCGUUAUGUUUUAUAUGUGAAUGCCUCUUUUUGUGCGAUUUGACCUUGGUCAUUUUUAAUUAAAGGUUUUGAAGUUGAGAGUA